AAAUGGGCGCACCUCUUGUGCUUCUGUAGGGUGUGUUCGCAAACUGGGUCACGCUCUGUCAGGAUUGUCCUGUCGCAUAAAAAGUGGAUAGUGACUCACGUGUCAGAGGAUGGCACGGUCACGCUCUACAUCCCCCAGGUGGAGUUACAGGUCCUUAUCACCAGCACCUAGAAAUUCUGAACACUACAAGCAAAGACAUACUUAUGGACUAUAUUAUGACUGUGAAUAUAGGAAAGAGCCACAGAGGCCUGUUGCUUGGAGAAUGGACAAUGAGCAAUAUGGACAGAGUAAACCAAGGAUUCCUCCUCAUGGAAAUAUGCAUUACCGAUCUUAUGAAUAUCGAUCACCUUCCCCAAAUUUAAGAAGAAACUCUUUAGAAAAUGUUUAUUCUUAUAAGUCUCAUGGAGCAUAUUCACCAGGAAGAGGGGACAGUAACAGAAGAUCUCAGUAUGUGCCCAAGUACUCAGAAGAUGUGCCCUACAGUUCCCAGAGGAAUUGUUAUCCCCAGAAUGUGCAGGGAAGAUACAUUCCCGAUGACCACAGAGUGAGAGGAAGUGGAAAAGCAGGGAAGCCACCUCAGAGGUCAACAGCAGAUUCUUACAGAUUCGAAGAAAAAUGGCAUGAGGAUGACUUGAGGCACCAGAGGGUAGAAAAUGAAAAAUAUUCUCAGUCAUUUAGAAGAGGACCUGAAGAUUUUGAGAAGUGGAGCUCUUUUCAGAAGAGGUAUCCUGAGGACCGUGAUUUCAGACAAUAUGCACACUCAUCAAAAAGACCUAAAGAUGUGGAGAGGUAUGAAAACCGAGAGUCUGUCAGAAACCCACAGUGGAAGUCUGGGCAUUCUCUUCUACCUUACCAAGAAAAGAAAAAUCAGUGGAACAUUGGACCCCAAAAUCACCGACACCCUCAGAGAGUACCUCCAGAGUCCAGUUCAGCAACUAGGAUAUCCUGUGACUAUCACCACAAACGUCACAAGACCUCAGAUGGAGACCAGGACUUUCCUGAUGGAAGAUCUCAGAAGUACUCCAAAGAGGAGGACAGAAAAUACAGUUCUCAAAAGGGUCCUAUAAACAGAGAGUCCAGCUGUUUUAAUGUUGGGAGAGGAAGAGAGACUGAAGGGGGCCAAGUCAAAGAACCUGUGAAGCCAUCUAAAAAAGGCAGCGCAGCCAGUACUCAUUCAAAUAAAAGUGAUGAUGGUUUGAGGCCCUAUAAUGACAAACGGAAGGACAAAGGAAAGAAAGAAGGGGGUGACAGAAAGGAGAGCAACUGUUCCAGUAACCAACUCGCUAAGACGUUUUCUGACAUGAAACCUUCAUCUGACUAUCUUAGGAAGAAAUCACUUACAGUUAAAGUAAAUGUGAAGAAAACAGCAGAUACAUUCAGGGUUGCUUCUAGCUUUUCCACAGAGAGACAGAUGUCACAUGAUUUGGAGAGACAGAUGUCACAUGAUUUGGUUGCUGUUGGCAGGAAAAGUGAGAACUUUCAUCCUGUGUUUGAACAUCUUGACUCAACUCAGAAUACUGAAAACAAAACUACAGGAGAAUUUGCUCAGGAAAUCAUAACUAUAAUCCAUCAAGUUAAAGCAAAUUUUUUCCCAUCACCUGGCAUUACUCUACAUGAGCGUUUCUCAAAAAGGAAAGAUACACAAGAUGCAGAUGUAAAUGAAAUUAAAUUGAAUUCAGAUCCAGAAAUUCACAGGAGAAUAGAUAUGUCUUUGACUGAGCUUCAGAGGAAACAGAGUAUGGUAUGUGACUCAGAAGAGUCUCUAGUCAAAAUAAUAGAUCCAAAUGACCUACGACAUGACAUUGAGAGGAGGAGAAAGGAGCGGCUACAGAAUGAUGAUGAGCACAUUUUUCACAUAGCUGGUGCUGCAGAGAGGAAUGAACAACAUUCCAGUUUUUCAAGCUUGAAGAAUACUCAUGAUGAUGGAUUCCAAAAACCUACACAUUUUAUAAAAUCAAAUUUUAGAAAAUUUAUUCAUAAACCUCAAGCAAAUUAUCCUACUAUGCAGAGAAAAGACACCAUUCCUUACAAACCAUUUGGAGUUGGGGGAAACUAUCAAAACACAAGAGGCUUUAGGAAGCCUGUUAAGACCAACUUUAGAGGUGGCAAGUUCCAGUCCCAUUUUAAAUCAGAUCUAGUACAGAAGAGCUUGUACAUUCAGGCUAAAUAUCAGCGUUUCCGGUUCACUGGUCAGAAGGGAUUUAUCACUAAUAAAUUCAGAGAGAAAUUAUUGAGGAAGAAAAAGGAAUAUACAAACGUUGCCACAGCAAUCUAACCUGGAAUUGUAAUCUGGAAUUGUUGCAGAUGGAACUGACCCUGCAGGACGCUAUUUGGGAGCAUCUCUCUUUGUCAGGAGUUAGAAUUGGCACUAAAGCACUAAUACUGUAACUUUCUUGAUAAAAAAGUUUAUUUUUCCGUAGUGGAAUGCAGCAACUUUUUAAAACUUAGCUUUUAAAUUGCAGUAUUUUAUUUUAAAAGUUGUAUUGACUAGGUUUUUUUUUUUUUCCAAAAAGUCUCAAAAGGGCAUUAUUUGUGGAUGAAUUUUUCUCUGAGCAUGGUUUGAUAGAGAGAACUGAGUUAUAUCCAGACAUUUAUAUAUUGAAAGUUAUCGGAAUUGUAUAGUAUCUGUAUGUAAACUUUAUACAGUGGCCUUAUGAUAGCAAUUUUAUACCAGAUUUUUCUUUACCUGAUGACAUUUUGGCUUAUAACUUGAAGUUUUCUUAAGUUUCUGAAAAUCAAGGCCUACAUCACUCAUACAUUUCAUGGUAUGACCUAAGAAGGUUAAUGAAAGGUGCUUCAAAUUUUCCAUCAGGUAGUUGUGAGUGCACUGAAUUUUUAGUAAUGGGUUCAGUAAGGGUCUUCCACAAUGAUUUGCUCUUCCAAUUUCAAAAUCCUAUUAUGGAAAAUAUGUAAAGAUUUGUAUGAUCUAUAUUCCAUCUUACUUUCCCUCAGGCAAGCAGUGCAUUUCAUGUUUUUAAAGGCUUUUUAAGCCUCUUACAGUCAAAAUCUCAUUUGGAAAUUGUACUUCAUUACUACAGCUUACAUUUUGCAAGGUGUUUAUUUUCAGUUCAGUUGAUAUGUAUUGAAUACCUAAUUGUAUAAGAUAAAAUUGAUUGGAUUUUAAGUGAAAUUUUAGAUUCCACUACCUUAUUUCUUUGUUUUCUGUGUUCUGCCUAUAGUAGUAUACAUUUUCAGUUAAGUUUUUGUGGAACAUUUAUUUGUAAUAAAAUAUUAUUACUCCUUCUACUUGAAAAAGUUACUUGUCAGUUUAUGAGAAUAUUAUUUAAUUUCAUGUGAGGCUUCUAGAACCUGUUGAUAUAAAAUACUAAUCUGUACUUACAGAGAACUUCCAAAAUCAAAAUCUGGCAAGAACUUGAUUUUUUAUGGCAGGAUUAUAAAAUAUCUUACUACAAAUUUUUACUGUUCUUUUAUGUAAAAGAUAGGAAGCCAUUUCCUUGGUGGAUCAGUAAAAGGGGGGUAAGAGCACUUGAUUAAUUGAAAUCAGGUAGUGAGUUGAGGUAGAUGCUCAUCUCAUGCUGCGUGCCAUCUCCACAGUCAGGUUUGCCAGCAAACAUUCCACUACGGGAAGAAUGAGAUGUGUGCUCACGGGAGUGGUCUGGCAACUGUUCUGUUGUGCUAGGUGACCAUGACAUCUGCCUUACAUCUUAAAAUAAUUUUCCUAUUCCCAUAUCCUGGGAGAAUGAAGAGCCUUACAUUUAGCUAACAUAUACUUAUUGUACAGGUUCCAUCCUAAAAUUAGAGCAGUGAAUAAGGGCCCAAGAUACAUGGAGUCUGCCAUUAUGGUACAGUCUGAUAGGGAAAAUGGACUUGAAGUGUAAAAUUGUAACUUGGUAAACAGCAUCGAUUCUCUUAUUGUAGCUUUUUUUUUAAGGGCAAGAUGGUUGAUUGAGUGUUAAUCAUCCCACAACUAAGUUCUUAUUUAGACCUACUUGGAUAUACUUUUGGCACUGUCUCAAAAUGCAAAGCAUGUUAUUUGCAAAAUUCCUACUUGUAGCAUGUGUGUGUUAAGAAAAUAUUGGGUGCAUAAGAUCUAAGGGCUAAAAAGAAAGACUUUAUAAUUCAGAGUAUGAAGUAAGGAUAGAGACCAUGUAUGUCUUAUUCACCGUUCCCAUGCUGUCUGACAUGUAGUAGCAGGAGCUCAUUAAAUAUUGAGUGAAUAAACGAGUAGAAUGUGUUAGUAGAACUAAAUAUCUAAUGUUACAUGGAGCAUGAGCAAAAGGCUAUCCACAGCAGUUUUUUGUUGGUUUGUUUUUACUGGGGAGAAUUUGAAUUCUCCAAUGCAUUCGAUUUUAGAAGAGAAAUAUCUGAUUUUAUAUGCCAUUUCUUGUCCACUUCCUCCCCUGUGUGCUAGGCCAUUCCCUGGUAUAGGGAAGACAGAAGAUAGCCCCUGCCCUGAGGAACCUCAUGCCAGUGGGGAAGAGAUUCACAAAACAACAAAUUGCAAAGUAGACUGUGAAGCAAUAGACUGGACAUAGAUGCAAAGGGUCGAGAGAAAUUGGGCAUUCCCAGUUGAAUGUUUCCUGGACACAUUUCUUUCUUAGUAGUUUCACAAACCUCAGAAGGCACUUUUCUAUUAUGGUUUUGUUGUUUUAAAUGUCUGUGGUUUGCAGGAAACUGGGUAAAGUUUACGCAGCAUCUCUGUGUCCUCUAGCUGCCUGUAAAUCUACAAUUUUGUCAAUAUAAAUUUCAAUUUAAAGCAGCAAUAAAAUUAUUCCAGAGAAAGCUGCUAUAUUUUGGAGGAUACAUUUUCAUUUUUUUCUAUUAGAAAAAAAGUUUUAACAUUAUGAUUUGUAUGGAUGCACAAUGACAGACUCCAUUUUACCCAAUAUAUCCUGUGUUUUCCUUUUUUUUUUUUUUUUUUUUUUUUUUUUUAAAGACUGGAGAUACUUCUAGGUGGAAGCAGGAAAAAGUGAAGCUGGAUUGGAAACUUUCUGCCUUUAUCUAGUAAACUCAACCAUCAUCAGCAACAAAUUUGCCGGCGAUAACCACACAAAGAAGCACUGAGUAGCCAGAGCGACAGCGUCUUGGUGAUGAUGGUCCCCAGUAUGGUCACAAGGACUGAAGGGAAGGUGAGGUCUUUGCCAUGUUGGAAAGCCUUAGUGGAAGAGGCAAGACUCCCCAGGAUCAGCCAACUCCCAGGAAGCCAAAGCUUGCAGGAUAAGAUGUGCCUUUGGCAGGGUCCAGUAAACCCUGGUUCUGUACCUUUUGCUUUUUUAAUUUAAUGUUUUUUAAAUAAUAUCAUAGUUUAUUUUUACAUCAUUUUGUGCCUUUUUCCAUCUCAGUCGUAGUCCCCGUGGGCUUCCCAUCACCAAAUCACCCAUGUGCCGUCACCAUAGGGUUCUGGACAUUUAAUGGGAACCCAGAAGAAAAGGGAUUCCAGGUUCCCUAACAAAGUUCCAGUAAAAGAAAUGGUAUGAACUCUGAGUCCAUUAAAUUACAGAAGAUUUGAAAACAGGUAUCACAGUUGUAGAGUUAUGGUACACUGGUGGAUUGGGGCAUGGACAGGAACAUGAGAUGAAGAUGAGCUAACCGCUUCCUUUCCCUUGGUCAGGUGUCAUGUCAUGUUACAAUUUCUAGCGUUACAUAAUAUAGGAAACCUAGUGACAACCUUAAGCUUUUCAGCCCUUCACACAGUGGUUCUCUAAGUGAGGUCCCCGGCUAGUAGCAUCAGCGUCACCUGGCAACUUGUUAGAAAUGCCCCUCACCCCAAAACAAGUGAAUGAGAAGCUCUGGAAUUGGAACCCUGAAGUAUGUUUUAAUAAAUCCUCCAGGGGAUUCUGAUACAGGUUCAAUUUUAGAGUCACUGCUAACUUAGUAGUACUUAAUGAUGAGACAUUUUUCUGAAGUUCAACAGCCCCUUGGUUUCUAGAUUUUUUUCUAUGAGAUAAAACUAACUGUAAAAUUUAAAAAGUGUAAUGAUUUUAAAUGACUGCU